AUGAAACUAUUAGAUGUCUUGCAAGCUAGAAGCACAAAAAGAGCUUCCACACAUCCACCAAGCGCAGAUGCAACACAAGCAGAUUUAGAUAUGCCUCCUGCUCCGAGUUCUACCUUUAUGUGCAGCCCGAAAAAUGCUUUGCAUAUUAUAAUACCUAGUAAAAAUGUUGAAGAUGAUAAUGAUUUAUCAUCUACUGAACGACUUAAACGAGAAAUCAGAAAUACUCCUGUCAUUAAUAGCAAAUAUUUACCUAUAUGACAAAGGAUGAGGGUGAAGAUAAAAACAAAUCUACGCAUGAAAUCUUUGAGAAGCGAAAUUAAAUUGUAUGGGACAAAUACAGCUGUAAUGAACGAAUUGAAGUUAGAUCAUAAAAGCUUUAUUGAGAAUAAAGACAAAAAAAAUGAUUUAUUGAGGGAAAUGACUGGAAUUUCUAGUCGGCCAGAUGUCGGGUUUUUUAUUAUUUUGCCGACAAGCAAGUUUAAAAUAUAUUGAAACAUCGUAUUGAUAUUUUUAUUAAUAUAUACAGCUACACUAAUGCCUUAUAAUUUAGCUUUUGGAACUGACGUAAAAUAUAAUGCUUGAUGAUGGAUUGACCUAUGAAUUAAUAUUUUAUUUGGGAUUGAUGUAUAUAUAAAUAGUGUCUCAGCCUAUUAUAACAGCGAAUCUAUGCUGAUUUUAGACCAUUGCACCAUUUUUUACCAUUAUUUAAGAACAUGGAUGAUUUUUGAUUUAAUUGCAUGUUUUCCCUUUAAUUUAGUAAUGGAUGAUAAUUCAGGGUCCAGUGCGACUUCAGGGAAUUAUAACAAUUUAGGAAAACUCGCAAGAAUUCCAAGGCUUUAUAGACUUUUUCGAAUUUCGAGACUCUUUAAAAUGCUGAAAUAUUAUAGAAAUAGUGAAUUCAUGGAAAAAAUGCAAGAAUUUUUAAGCUUGAAAAACAGCGUUAUGAGAUUAAUGAGUUUUUUUACUGCAGUUGCUAUAUGCAUACAUGUAAUGAGCUGCAUAUGAUAUUUUUCAGCUAAGCUGCAGGGCUUUUCUCCAGAAACUUGGGUUGUCAGAGGGGGUUAUCAAGAUCUAGACAAUUCCACACUUUAUUUAUUAUCUGUUUAUUGAGCGUUUACUACACUAACUACAGUCGGUUAUGGCGAUAUCCACGCUUUUACAGAUUUUGAAAAAAUGCUUGCAAUUUGUUGGAUGAUUUUUGGCGUCUGCUUUUUUUCUGUUACGAUUGGGAGUUUAUCUUCAAUGCUGAGUGGUAUUGAUACAAAGUAAUAUUUAUUUAGAGAAUCAAUGCUUUCUACGAAAUUAGCAAUAAUUGAUGAAUUCGCCAAGGAGUCCAAAUUAAGCAAAGAAUUUAAAAUUCGACUUCGCCAUGCAUUGAAAUACUCCACAGAAAAAUCAGGGUUUUCCUGGGAUGAUAAACAAGACAUCUUAAACGAGCUCCCAAAAAACCUUCGCUAUGAAGUAGCUUUAGCUAUGCAUAGAGGCGCUGCUAAAAAAAUUCCAUUUUUCUCAGAAAGGGACAUUGUAUUUGUUGCCUCAAUUGUUCCAUUUCUCAAACAUAUGUUAGUAGAAAACCAAUCUUUUGUCUAUUUAGAAGGAGAAUUUUCUGAUGAAAUUUAUUUUAUUGCAAAAGGAAGAGUCUGCUACACUUUUGGGCCAAAAAAUACUGGAUUUAGGACUUUGUUAAGAGGAAGCUACUUUGGAGAUAUAGAAGUAAUAGAGCAAUGCUCUCGCAAAUAUUCAGUAAAAGCAGUAGGUAACUGUCACUUGCUUGUCAUGAAUAAGCCGCUUAUUGUACAUAUUUCCAAAGAAUUCCCUUUUAUAUGAAAAGAAAUGGUAAAAGUGUCAAAAAAAAGAGACAAACUUAACAAAGCUGGAAUAAAGCAAGUAAAAGAAUUGAUAGAGCUGCAAAAUAAUGGAAGUUUGUCAGGAAAACCUUUGCAGGAUGUAAAGAAGUUAAUAAAUAAUAUUUGCGAUGAAGCAAGCGCUGAAGAAGACAGUGAUGGGAGUGAAAUGAAUAAUCCCACGUUGGAUGGAGUUUUUCAAGCUAUUGGUGAAAGAAAUAAAAGCAUAUGUGAAAUUGAGGAAAAUUUGGAAAAUAUGCUUGUGUCUGCAAGAAAAUUGCUAAAAGCUGCUAAAGAAGGAAAGCAUGGAAGUUUGCCACCUAUAAAAUCAAGGGCGUCUUCUUUAAGCUUGAUAGAGUCAGUCAUUGAAACGAAGUCAAACCACUUUAUAUCAUCUGCAGAUGUCUCUGAAAUCAGCAUAGAUAAUAUUAAUAUUGAUAAGACGCCAGGGGCGGAAUCAGGAGUCGUUAUUUUUAAUACAAAAACGAGUGAAAAUGAAGAAGAAAAACUAAUAGCUGAUGAAUAA